AUGGGCGAGAGGACCGUCCUGCCGGCACUCUGGUCUCCCAGCCUCCAGAAGCUCGCAGUGGGCAAGUUCCCACUCCCGGCCGCCUGGCUGGAUAUCGCGGAGCGGGAGACCAACGAGGAGCGAGCGGAGCGGGCCGCCCGACGGACGGCUGAAGUCAGCCGACCCGCCGCUGAGGAGGGCCGCCUGAUGGAGCGCAUCUAUGCCCUGCCGCGCUCCCCCCACGAGGAGCCCAUCUGCCCAGCAGUGCUGGCUAGGGGCGACCUGGGGGAACAGGGCGUGACCGUGAUGAUGCGGCCCAAGAGGUGA